AUGACACGAGAGCGACUACCUCUUCAAUUUAAAGUACGAAGAGCUUCCGAGACAUCAACAUCAACAACAGGAGAUGAGAGCAAAUUAGACAAUGAGACUUCAAAUUCAGCAAGUAGUACUCCAUUUGCCGUAUCUUCGAAAUCAAAAGGGUUGAACAUCUUUGCAGUUUCACCGCUUACGACGAAAAGUACAAACUGUGGAAACUCAUCCUCAAAUGGGAGGUCUUGCAAUGUACCUGCUUCGUCUGGUAGACAGCAACUGCGGAAGAUUUCCUCGGAUUUGUCGGGAGUGCUGCCCAUGCCUCUGCUAUCUGAAGUAACUGGAGGAAGUGAAUAUGGUGAUGACAAAUUGCCCAUAUUAAAGCACGAAAUCCUGCUUCCACUGAAGAAGGACCUAUUGAAGAUGUCUAUUGAUGAACAAUUGAGAGUUUUAGCUUUGAAGGAAAUGUGUGUUGUGGAAAUCAAAGAUCAAAUACAAAACUUGAAUAGCAAGCUAGCUAACCACGAAGCAGAGUUGCACAGUUUGAGGGAGAUUAUCCAGAGAUCACUAUAUCAAGAUUUAAGAGGCGUUGCAAGUAAUACAGCUGCUACCCUAGGAAGACAAAGAACUAAUAGUAACCCACGCGACCAAGCAAUUGAGAGUCUAAGAACAAAGAGAAGAUCCAUCUCUAACGGAGGAAUUGACAUUGAACUGCGACUGCAAUUGCAACUGCAACUGCAACUGCAAGACCACACUCUGGAGAAUAGUAAAUCUAAAAUUUGGAGCGGAUUGACUAAACCAUUCAACUUGCUACAACAAUUUGAUACUCUUUUACAAAAUGAAUUUGAAAAAUCCUUGAUAAUGACAGAUAAAAAGUCAGUGCCGUCCAACAGCAAUCAAACUAGAACUUCCGAAGAUUCAGCAAACAGUGAAGGGUCAAUCUUAUCACCAUUGAGAAGCAAAACGCCCAAUACUUUAAGAGGUGCAUACAAGGAUAGAAAGUCAGAAGACAUGUUACAGACUGUUUCUUCAUCAAUUUGGUCCUUUGUCAACGAUGUAAAGACUAAUGUUUUAUCUUCUUUGAGUGAAGAGGAACUGGGUGUUAAUUCAAUAAUUGAUCAAUCUGAUUCGUUGUAUACGUUGGAAAAUGGCUCUGUUGUUAGCUUGAGGAAGCCUAUAAAAAAGGGAAAGGAUAAAAAAGCAAUGAACAAUUAUGAAAAUGAAGAAGAGUUAUUGAUCGAUAUGGGCGAUGAAUACAGUUCUAGUGACGAAAAAGUUGAUCUUUCAUUGUAUAGAAAACAGUAUUGA